CGCGCCGCUCUAUGGCUCUCUCUUCGCGGCGCCAAGAUGGCGGCGCCUGAGAGGGGCGAUAUUGGGCGGAAGGCGGCGGGCGCCUCCUCCUCGCUCUCCAUGGAGCAGCUCCGCUCCCUCACCGACCUGCAGGACCUGGAGGACGCCUACAGCCGCCUCUGCGCCGAGGAGAGAACGGUAGAGGAAGAGUUGGAGAUGCUUCUGGAGCAACAGGGCACCGUCGAGGGCAAGAUGGCUUCCCUCCAGCGCAUGGGCCCCAACCUGAGCUGAUCGAGGGAGAUGCCAAGCAGUUGGCUGGGAUGAUCACCUUCACCGCAACCUGGCUGAGAACGUCACAGCAAGGUCCGCAACUUGAUCUUGCCAAGAACCGUCUCUACCAGGCCAUCCAGAGAGCAGACGACAUUUUGGACUUGAAGUUCUGCAUGGAUGGAGUUCAGACAGCCCUGAGGAAUGAAGAUUAUGAGCAAGCAGCUGCCCACAUCCAUCGCUACCUUUCGCUGGACAAAUCGGUCAUUGAGCUGAGCCGACAGGGCCAAGAAGGCAGCAUCAUUGAUGCCAACCUGAAGCUCUUGCAGGAGGCAGAGCAGCGACUAAAGGUGAUUGUGACGGAGAAAUUUGAUGUCGCCACAAAGCAGGAAGACCUGCCCCAGGUGGAGCGCUUUUUCAAGAUUUUCCCUCUCCUCGGCUUGCAUGAAGAAGGACUGAGCAAGUUCUCUGAGUACCUCUGCAGACAGGUGGCCAAUAAAGCUGAGGAGAACCUGCAGCUGGUGAUGAAAACGGACAUGGCGGACCGUCGAGCUGCAGUCAUCUUUGCAGACACCCUGACUCUCCUCUUUGAAGGGAUUGCCCGUGUUGUGGAGACCCAUCAACCUAUUGUGGAGACCUAUUAUGGGCCAGGCAGGCUUUACACAAUGAUCAAGCACCUGCAGGCUGAAUGUGACCGACAGGUGGAAAAGGUUGUGGACAAGUUUGUACAGCAGAGAGACUACCACAGGCAGUUCCAGCAGGUUCAGAACAGCAUGAUGAGGAGUUCAGUGGCAGAAAAAAUUGAACCAAGGGAACUGGAUCCUGUUUUGAACGAGGUCACCCUGAUGAACGCCCGAAGUGAGCUGUACCUGAGGUUCCUUAGGAGGCGCAUCACUGCCGAUUUUGAGGUGGGAGAUUCCAUGGCACCGGAAGAGGUGAAGCAAGAGCAUCACAAGAGCCUGGACAAGCUGCUCCACCACUGUCUUCUGAGCUGCGCCAUGCAGGAGCUGAUCGGCUACUACAUCACCAUGGAGGAAUUCUUCAUGAGGGAGACAGUGAACAAGGCCGUUGCCAUGGACACGUGUGAGAAGGGGCAGCUGACCUCCAGCAUGGUGGAUGAUGUUUUCUACAUCGUGAAGAAAUGCAUCGGGAGGGCCCUCUCCAGUUCCAGCAUCGACUGCCUCUGUGCCAUGAUCAACCACUCCAUCACUGAGCUGGAGUCCGAUUUCAGGGAGGUCUUGUGCAACAAGCUGAAGGUGGGCUUCCCAGCCACCCCCUUCCAGGACUUCCAGCGAGGGGUGACAAGCGCCGUGAGCCUCAUGCACAGCAGCCUCCAGCAGGGCAAAUUUGACACCAAAGGCAUUGAGAGCACUGAUGAGGCCAAGCAGUCCUUCCUGGUGACACUAAACAACGUGGAAGUCUGCAGCGAAAACAUCAUGACCCUAAAGAAGACCCUUGAGAGUGACUGUGCAAAGCUGUUCAGCCAAGGGUUUGGAAGGGAACAGGCACAGGCCAAGAUCGACAGCUGCCUCUCAGACAUGGCUGGUGUCUCCAACAAGUUUCGAGAUCUGUUACAGGACGGUCUGAAUGAACUCACAAACUCAGCCAUCAAGCCCCAAGUGAAGCCCUGGAUCAACCUCUUCCUCUCUGUCUCCCAUAACAUUGAGGAGGAAGAAUUCAAUGACUAUGAAGCCAAUGACCCUUGGGUCCAGCAGUUCAUUCUGAAUCUGGAGCAGCAAAUGGGGGAGUUCAGGGCAGGACUGUCGCCAGUCAUCUACGACAGCCUCACCAGUCUGAUGACCAGCCUGAUUGCUAUCGAACUGGAGAAGGUUGUCCUCAAGUCCACCUUCAAUCGGCUUGGUGGGCUGCAAUUUGAUAAAGAGCUGCGUUCCCUUAUUGCCUACCUCACCACAGUCACUACCUGGACCAUCCGUGACAAGUUUGCCCGGCUCUCUCAGAUGGCCACCAUCCUCAACCUGGAACGGGUAACGGAGAUCUUAGACUACUGGGGGCCAAACUCAGGACCACUGACAUGGCGUUUGACCCCGGCCGAAGUCCGUCAGGUGCUGGCACUCCGGAUGGAUUUCCGCAGCGAAGACAUCAAGCGGCUGCGCCUCUGAUGCCCAUGCAGAGCGCUCUCCUUUUGUACUGGCAGGAACUCAGCUGGGUGUUCUCCCCAAAAGGGCCAGUCAAAAUCUGUGACUUAAGGCUCUUUCCCACUACAGUUGCUUAGGUUAAAAUUUGUGGGAUUCACAGAUGCUUUCCUCUGGGCAGAUACCUAAACAACAGUUCUUCUGGACUUCUGCUUCUUCCCAGAAAACGUUCAAGAGGACAGAAUUUUUGAAGUCCACGCAAUGCAUUUUGUGCUUGUGACUUUUUAUUGAGGGUCCUUUUGGCCCUCUCCUCAAAGAGAGUAGGUUCUUCAACAUCAAAAAUUAGCUAGAGUUGCAGAAGAUAAGAAGUCUCCUUCACAAAGAACAACUGGCUCAACCUGUGAGUUAAAUGUCGGGAACUUGAAAGGUGCAAAUUUAUCUUUUAUCUAUGAGUACACAUUCCCUCCCCCCUCGAGUCUUUAAAUCACAGUAUAUACACAACCUUUCUUAUCUAUUCAGAUUAGCAGUUGGUCACUGGCUGCCAAAUAAAGACUAUUUACCCAUCA